UAUAAACGGACUAUAAUCGCGUGUUGUCCAUCUGCCGGCAACAGUCGCUCGCGAGAUUGUCUACAAAACACAAGUGUUCCAUUUAUUCAUUCUUCAUUAAACACGUAAAUUAUCGAAUUGUUGGUUCAAGUAAAACCAUAAGCUAAUGCAAGUAAACGAGAACAAAUAAAAAAAAGUUGAUAACGAAUUAUCUGUACCGUAACCGUAUACAAAGUGCAAUCGUAUACUACAGUAAUGACGUCACGCAUCAAGAAAGUAUGAGAAAAAUUCGUAUGUUAAAUAAUAUGAUUAUUUAAUAAUAUAACCAUCAGCAUAUUCUGAUAUUUAUUAAUAAGUCGAAAAAAAAUAUCAAAGAAAAAAAAAAUAUCCACUUUCAAAAUUUAUCAUCUCUGAGACAUCCACGUAAAUGAUGUGUAUUGAGCCAGUUUAAAAUAUCUAUUAUUCACUUUUAAUUGCAAAACAUAAUUUUUUAAUUGACCUGCAUAUCAAGAUAAUUAAUAAUCAAGGAACAUUUAUUAAUUAAUAUAAUUACAGUUUAAAUACACGCAUCAAACAUUUACGAUUUAAAUUAUAAAAUGACGUAUUUAUUUCAUUAGCCAAAUUGACAUCAAGAUUAAUUUAACGUAAAAAAAUUACAACUAUAAAGACAACUCAAUUUUAUUUCAGUCAGAUAUAAUAUUAAUUAUUUGAAUAUUUAAAAUUUUUAAUUGAUAUUUUUCAUACACAAAAAUUAUUUAUUUAACCUGACAAAUAAAAUGAUAAAUAAUUACGAAGUAUUUAUUAUAUAAAAAUUUAUAUAUCUUGUAAGCCUAAACGAUUAUAUAUGAUAUAAAUUACAUUGUUUUUCACAUAUUUACACUAUUUAUUAGCUUCAGAGAUAUAUAAAUAGAAAUAUAUGUCAGUGGAAUAAAAGUAAAUUUAAAUUAAUAAAAAAAAAAUUCAUUCGAUUUAGUUUCACUACAAAGAUAUUCCGAAAUUGACCUCACUUAUUUACUCUUAAUAGGCUUAAUAGCCCCCUAUCGAGUCAAGUUUAUCGCGACAAUUUUAAUGUUAAGUAACAAACAAAUUAAGGCAGAUGAAGUAACGUAAGUCGGUGUUAGAUACUUAGAUAUAACUGUGGGUUUUAUAAAAGUUUAGGCUAAGCUAAUUGUAAGCAGUGUGUUGACGAAUGAGAUUCAAGUACCGGUGGGCUCUUAUGACGGUGAUAGUGAACUAAUAAUACAAGUAAACUGUAUAGUUGUCUUAUACUGUUGUAUAUCGUAUUUGUGUAAGCGAGAGAGAUUUGAUUUAAAAAAGGAAAGUCAAGGCAACUUGGAAAAAAAUAACUGAUACCUCUUACUCACACGACUACAAGUUGUCUUUCUUAUUUAGUAAGAGACUAUUACCAGAGGUUAGUAACCGAGUUCGUCAGUUCACUGUCGAACGGUACACGGGACUGAUCGGCUCCGACAGCUCACGUCGAAAGUUUACGCGUAAAUAUAUAUGUGAUAAGUGAUUAUUAAUAAUUUAGUUGAGUAACGUCUGCUUGACCUGUGACAAAAUGGCGAGCGUCGACAAUGAUCUUGAGGAACUCAUGUCUCAUCUCGGUGAGUUUGGCAAAUAUCAGACGUUUCAAUUUUCCCUGCAUGUGUUGGCUGGAUUACUGGCAGGACUUCACAUGCUGACUUUGAUGACUGUUGCUGCAGUACCUGAGCACAAGUGUGUUGUACCAGGACUUGGUGAUAGACUGGGUUUAGAUGCUGCAGAACUUAAUUGGGAUAAUGUCCCAGGUGUAAACGCAACUUAUACUAAUGGAACGAAACUUGAUGGUGUGUUUCUAAACUUGGAUUCCUGUACUUACUUAGACGAGGAUAACGAGACAAAAUUUUGUGAUAAGUGGGUUUAUGAUACCACCCAUUAUAAAUCAUCGCGAGGAAUGGAGUGGAAUUUCGUUUGCUCCAAUAAAUGGCGAGGUGCAGUAGCACAGGCCACCUACAUGAUUGGUGUAUUCACUGGCGCUGUUACUUUGGGUAGUUUGGCUGAUAAAUAUGGACGUAAAAUAAUAUUUUGUAUAUCAGCCACUGGACAACUUAUACUUGGUGUUCUAGUCGCUUUGGUUCCCGAAUACUUUACAUUCUUAUUGGUGCGAUUUUUAUACGGUAUCUUUGGAUCAUCGGGAGCUUACAUUACCGGAUUUGUACUUACGAUGGAAAUGGUCGGAGCAUCAAAAAGAACAUUCUGUGGAAUAAUGUUCCAAGCGUUGUUUUCACUUGGUUUCGCUAUUGUUGCAUUUUGGGGAUACAUAAUAAAAGACAGAAUGUGGUUACAAAUAGUGUAUGGUCUUCACAGUAGUUUAUUGAUUGGACACUGGUGGUUAAUGGACGAGUCACCACGAUGGCUUUGGGCUCAGGGUCGUGCCAAAGAGGCCAUCAAAAUUGUCCAGAAAGCACUUAAAAUAAACGGCGAUAAUACGCAACUAGAUGUAGCCAAAUUGGUGUCAAAAAAUAAAGCCAAGCGGAGUUUACGAACUGAUGAUUCAAGAUCGUAUGGUGCGAUUGAUUUAUUGAAAACACCUAACUUGAGAAAAAAUUUCUUGAACGUUUGUCUCAAUUGGUUUGCCAACGCCAUUGUUUACUAUGGUCUUUCUUUGAGCAGUGGUAAACUUGAAGGAAAUCCAUAUUUGAUGCUCGCUUUGAAUGGAGUCGUUGAAUGGCCGAGUUAUGUUUUUACUGUGUUAACAAUGGACAGAGUCGGAAGACGAUUUUUGGUCAGUUCCUUUAUGAUUAUUGGUGGUAUUUGUUGUAUUGUUGCAGCGUCGAUUCCUAAAGAAUUGUCAGGAUCUGGCGGUGCAGUAAUAGGUAUUGUACUAUUUGGUAAAUCCUGCAUUGCCAUUUCAUUUGCUGUUAUUUACAAUUAUACUGCCGAAUUAUUUCCUACUGUACUGAGAAACACAGCCCUUGGAAUAGGAUCUAUGUGUUGCCGUCUCAGUGGUGCUUUAACGCCGAUGCUAUUGUUAUUGGAUACGCUUGAUCCCCGAGUUCCUGCUACAACGUUCGGUGGAUUUGCUUUGAUUUCUGGAUUCAUGGCUUUAUAUCUUCCGGAAACUGCUGGUCAUCCUAUGCCGGAAACUCUUGAAGACGGUGAAAAAUUCGGUGUAGGAGAUACCUGCUUUACAACUUGCCUUGGACGGAGACAUAAUAAAAAAGAUAUUAUGCUUAAAGCUGUCGAUGAUAAAAAUGGGGAAAAAGUCAUCGAAACUGAAGAGAAACUUAAUACUGGUACAUAAUUAGGAUAGAAAACAAAUAUCUGCCUUAUUUGUUAUGGGAAAAGUUAUUGCCUUAAUUCAUAAUAAUACUAUUAAUCAAUUAUUGCUUUAUAAAUUGACUACUUAAAAUUUUUCAUGUACUUCCGUAGUAAAAAGUGAAUUUUUGAAAAUAAGGAAUAUUUUCUUAAAUAUUUUUAAAAAAAUAAAUAAUGCAAUGUAACUAAUGAUUAAAUUAAUCAAUUUUUUUCCGGUUAUUUUCGGAAAUAGGAAUAUCUAUUUUAAGAUUCAUUAGAUCAUUUUAAUAAGUUUUAGUGCAUUAUAUUAAUAUAUAUAAUGUCGAACAUUUGUAUAUUUAUGAGUAAUUUUUUUUUUUAUUAUAUCUGUGAAAAAUUGACCAUAUAUGUAGUUUAUAUGCCUGUGUAUACACCCAUUGUGUAUAUAUAGAGAAUAAUUUUGAACUUCAAAAUUUGAGACAAUUUUGAACUUUCGUCGAAUAUAUACAAAGAAAUUAGAGAAAGAAAUUAAAAAAAGGAUUAAAAAAAUUUCAAGGAUGCUUCCAGGAAAUUUAUUCAUUUUUUACUUUGGUAUAAAAGUUUAAAUUUUUUCGAGCAUUCGGUAUAUUUCUCAAGUAUAAAAAAUCUUAUUCGAUAGAAGUUCGAGAAAGUUUGAUUUUUAAUUUUUUUCAACUUUUUUGGAACUAAAAAAAAAAUAAGAUUUGAGUCUCAGAAAUGACUAAAAUUCACAAUAUUUCAAUAGUUCUAAUAAAUUUGAAAAUUCGAAGACGGAAAAAAAUCGAACUUUCAUAUCGAUAAAAAAUAUUGAAAAAUUGUAAACUUUUGUCAUUUCUGCGAUUCAAAUUAUUUUUUUUUAGUUCCAAAAAGGUUCUUAAAAGUAAAAAAUUUCGAAGUUCGAAUUUUUUUUAUACGAGUAAGUUAUAUGUAUACAUGGCCAAUUUUCAUGUAUAAGAUUCAUUUUUCACAGGCAUAUCUAUUGCACUAGACGAAAGUCUAAGAUAUUUUUUUAUUCAAAAAUCAUUACUUAUUAUUAUAAUUAUUGUUACUACAUAUUUUUUAUGAUUUAUGCUCAUAUUACUUAAGUAUUUUUUAUUUUUAUCACAAAUUCUGAGAUAAAAAAAUGAAUAGAAUAUAUUUUUGAUUAAAAAUUAUAAAAAUGAGGUUCAAUUUUUUAUACAAUUAAAAAGUAUUGUGAGAGUAAUAUAUUUCAAAUAGGGAAUAAAAAAAUAUAAAAAUGUAAUUUUUAUAAUUUCAAAUGAUGUGUCUAUCUUAAUUUGUAAGUAAAUAUUUUCUUAAUUAUCAAACAAUGUGGCUGAUAUUGUGAUACUGUGAGCUAUGGUAAUUGAAUGAAUAAUAUAAUAUUUUUUUAAAUGUAUACAAUACUACAGUUAAUCAUUAUGUUUUAAAAGAUAAAUAAUGGCUAUUAAUAUUUUAACUUAGAAUGUACUAAUGUAUAUGAUGAUAAGAGUUGAGAAAGUAAAAUAUUUAUUGAUCUUUAUGAACGCUAAUUUCACUGAUUAUUAGUGUUGAUAGUCCAUUGGUCAUAAGGUUUUAAAUAUUUUAUCAUAUUA